AUGAUUCGAUACCCAUCUAUCUAUGUAACUUAUUCAAUUUGUUCAUAUUUAUCUGUUCAUAUCUCUGCCAAAUCUAUCUAUCUAUCUAUCUAUCUAUCUCAGGCUGUUCAUAUCUAUCUAUCUAUCUAUCUAUCUAUCUAUCUAUCUAUCUAUCUAUCUCAGGCUGUUCGCAUCUAUCUAUCUAUCUAUCUAUCUAUCUAUCUAUCUAUCUAUCUAUCUAUCUAUCUCAGGCUGUUCGCAUCUAUCUAUCUAUCUAUCUAUCUAUCUAUCUAUCUAUCUAUCUAUCUAUCUAAAAAGAAAACAAGAAGUUCUUUUUAUUUGUUUGGUUUCUCUGGAACUUUUGCCUUUCGGAUUUUGUUUGUUGUUUCUCACUUUCUUCUUUCUUGUUUCUUUUCUGCUUUUUUUUUUUCAUUUUUUCGUAGUUUCCUUUCUGUUUUUUUCCAUGAUUUCCGUUUCACUUUAAUUUCUUUCUUUGACAUUUAUAACCUUUCAGCUUUCUUUCUUUCGUUCUAUCGUUCUUUCUAUCUGACUUUUCUUUCUUUCAAUAAACUAUUCAUCAUUCUUUCUUUCUUUCUUUCAAGAAAUUUUUAUUCCCGAAAUCAUCCAGUCCUUCUUUUAUUUGAGGAAUCAUUCAGUCAUUCUUUCAUUCCAGAAAUAAUUCAGUUUUUCUUUCAUUCUAGAAACCAUUCAGUCAUUCUUUCUUUCAAGAAAUUAUUCAGUUCUUCUUUUAUUCUAGAAAUCAUUCAUUUCUUUGAUUUUUAUCUGGGAGAGUCCAUGCGUGCGUGUGUAAAUUACCAUAACACUAUCUAUCUAUCUAUCUAUCUAUCUAUCUAUCUAUCUAUCUAUCUAUAA